AAAACCACACAGCAUUGCCAAAUAGAAACCAAAACCAUGGGCAUUGAAGAUGUCCCCGUUGUGAUUGUCGGUGCUGGCCCUGCUGGCUUAGCAACCGCUGCAUGCCUUAACAAACUUUCAAUCCCCAACGUGAUCAUUGAAAGAGAUGAUUGCCAUGCAUCUCUUUGGAGGAAAAGGGCCUAUGAUCGCUUGAAACUUCACUUAGGCAAAGAAUUUUGCAACCUCCCCCACAUGCCCUUUCCCUCUGAUUUUCCCACCUUUGUUCCAAGAGUUGAGUUUUUGCGUUACUUGGAUAACUAUGUCACCUCUUUCAACAUUUCCAUCCGGUACAACAGGAACGUGGAAUCUGCGUUUCUUGAUGACAAUGAUGGAAAAUGGAGGGUUGUUGUGAAGGACAUGGUCUCAAAUGCUGAGGAGGUUUACGUGUCAGAUUAUCUGGUGGUUGCAACCGGUGAGAAUAGCGAGGGCUUUAUUCCCAACAUUCAUGGCCUCAAAGGGUUUGAAGGAGAAUACAUCCAUUGCAGCAAGUACAUGAAUGGAAGAGACAUGUAUGGCAAAAACGUCCUUGUUGUUGGCUGUGGUAAUUCUGGCAUGGAGAUCGCUUAUGAUCUCACCAAUUGGGGUGCAAAUACCUCUAUUGUUAUUAGGGGCCCUGUUCAUUAUUUCACUAAAGAAAUGGUGUACGUGGGAAUGUCCUUGCUGAAGUACUUCAAAAUAGAGAAGGUGGACAAGCUUAUGUUGCUCAUGAGCAAACUCAAGUACGGAGACAUGACUGAAUAUGGCGUGGUGAGACCAAAGGAUGGACCUUUCGCUCUGAAGAAAAAGGGUGGUACUACCCCUACCAUUGAUGUGGGUUGCAUUAACAGGAUUAAGAAAGGCCUAGUCCAGGUUUUCCCAGGUGUUUCAAGCAUAGAAGGCAAGACGGUUGAGUUUGAGGAUGGGAGAAGUAGUGAAUUUGAUAUCAUAAUCUUUGCUACCGGAUACACUAGCACUGUGCUCAAGUGGCUUAAGGAUUACCAAGAUCUGUUCAAUGAGCAAGGAAUGCCUAAGCCAGAUUUUCCAAAUCACUGGAGGGGAGAAAAUGGUCUCUACUGUGCUGGAUUUUCAAGGAGGGGAUUAGAUGGCAUUUCUUUUGAUGCACAGCGUAUAGCAGAUGACAUCAGUUUCACUGUAAAUGCAAGGAAGAUACCUGGUGGCGAGGCUAACAAUGCUUCCCUCACACUCUUGGAGAAUUAAUGAGUUCUUCUGAAGCUGUUGGUGGAAUGUGAGUAAUGUAUUGUUAUGAACACAAGGGAUAUCGAUCACAUGACCCAUAUAUGGUUUUGGUUGCUGCUGCUGCUGCUGUUGGUUUCUUUCGGUGAUCUGCUGUGUAAUAAUAUAUUAUAUAAUAAUUAAAAGAAAGAGAUUUACAGAAAGUAGUAUAGAAUAAAAUCAAUAAAUGAAUAAUAUUUUGGCUUA